AUGGACAACACUUCCGUAUUAUUGAAAGCUACAGCCCAUCCAUUUGUUCCCACUUCCGCUGGGGGAUCGACCAUUGUUCGCUCUGGUGUUGGUGCAAAUGACACAUACGAAUUCACACUAACAGGCAACGGAACGAAAACAGAUCCAAUAACAAUUACCUGUACCGAACCAUCCCACCGACUGUUCACAUUGGAUACAAAAUUUGAACGACAACUGCCUCUAUUCGAUAAUCAAGCUGUUUCCAUCUCCAAAUCGCUUUACGAUCCGAAUGAGGAUGGCGAAGAGACGCCUGGAACGAAGAUAGCCCCACAUUUCACGACUCCUCUUAGUGCAUAUGUCGCAGUUUCCCAUGCAUUCAGCAGAAUCCUCUAUCAGUCUCAUGAUAAAAUUCGUAAAGAGCUCGAAUCGCCAGUGUCUGAAUACUCCCAUUCCCAGCCUGAAUUACUCAUGGCGAAAAGUGUCAAAGAGAACAGUAUACGUUCGUUCAUGUCUCUAGACGAAAGAACGUUCAACACGAAAUUAACUGAAAACAAAACUGCUCACGAAAAAUUACUCACGGUUGUCGAUAAUGCUCAUGAUAAAAGAAAGUUAUCCACUGAAACAUGGAAGCCUUAUAAAGGUUUCCUCGAAACAGAUUACCGAUUGCGAGAAUUCCGAGAUGUAUCAUGUCAUUACACGCAACAAACACGACUCGCUAGAAGACUUGGGUCGGAUGCAGAGGUGAAAUCGAUCUCGCAACAAAUGGAAAGAUAUAAAGGUGACUGUAACAGACGUGCUCUAGUGGAAAUUUGGGAGAAGAGCCGUGACCGACUAGCAUCUGUCACAGGCGAGGCGUGGGAUUACAAUAAAGGGCUAGAUGCGCUUUUAUCUAUCCCACAAACAUCUAUUGAGGGUUCACUUCCAAACGGGAUGAGUACAGAUACCCAAAGUAGAAGGGCAUGCCAAAUCACGACUACCGAGAAUGUCGCGAGGUUAGGUUUGAACUUCGAGUAUGGAUCUGAAGACGAUGAUGAUCUUUACAUCGAACAAUCCUUAUCUGAGCCAAGCGCUCAUAACAGUAGUAGGGUGACUAGGGCCAGAUUCGACGAAUCCGGAAUCAAGUUUGGAGAACUAUGA